AAGGCGGAUGAUGAGAUGUCCGGAGCCACGUCCUCGGCGGAUCUGGACGAGGCGCCAGCCCGCACCAUUUACUUGAACCAGCCUCAGCAGAGCAAGUUCCGCGACAACUGGGUCAGCACGGCCAAGUACAGUGUGGUGACUUUUCUACCUCGAUUCCUGUAUGAGCAGAUAAGAAAAGCUGCAAAUGCAUUUUUUCUCUUCAUUGCCUUACUGCAGCAAAUUCCAGAUGUCUCUCCAACAGGAAGAUAUACCACCUUGGUGCCAUUGCUAUUUAUUUUAACAGUUGCUGGCAUCAAAGAAAUCAUAGAAGACUAUAAAAGGCAUAAGGCAGACAAUGCAGUGAAUAAAAAGAAAACAGUAGUUUUAAGAAAUGGGAUGUGGCAGAACAUUAUGUGGAAAGAGGUAGCAGUAGGAGAUAUUGUGAAGGUCACCAAUGGGCAACAUCUUCCAGCAGACAUGAUCAUUAUAUCUUCCAGUGAACCACAGUCCAUGUGCUAUAUUGAAACUUCUAAUCUUGAUGGGGAGACAAACCUUAAAAUACGACAGGGAUUGUCUCAAACUUCUAAUCUUCAGUCAAGAGAAGAAAUAAUGAAAAUAUCUGGAAAGAUAGAAUGUGAAGGACCCAACCGCCACCUUUAUGACUUCACUGGAAACUUGCGCUUAGAUGGUCAAAGCCCAGUUCCUAUUGGUCCAGACCAGAUCUUGCUGCGAGGUGCACAAGUGAGAAAUACUCAAUGGGUCUUGGGUAUUGUUGUGUAUACAGGACAUGACACAAAACUCAUGCAGAAUUCAACCAAAGCACCUCUGAAGAGAUCAAAUGUAGAGAAAGUUACCAACAUGCAGAUCCUGGUUUUGUUCUGUAUUCUCCUGGUGAUGGCCCUUGUGAGUUCUGUAGGUGCCUUAUUAUGGAACAGAACACAUGGCGAAGUCAUCUGGUAUCUUGGCUCCAACCAAAUGCUGUCUGUUAACUUUGGGUACAAUCUGCUGACAUUUAUAAUCUUGUACAACAACCUUAUUCCAAUCAGUCUUCUGGUGACAUUGGAAGUUGUCAAGUUUACUCAGGCUCUUUUUAUAAAUUGGGACAUAGAUAUGUAUUACCCUGAAACAGAUACACCUGCAAUGGCCAGGACCUCAAACCUUAAUGAGGAGCUUGGACAGGUAAAAUACCUGUUUUCUGAUAAAACAGGUACUCUAACAUGCAACAUCAUGAACUUUAAGAAAUGCAGUAUUGCUGGAGUGACGUACGGUCACUUUCCUGAGCUGGAAAGAGAACGUUCAUCAGAAGACUUCAGCCAGCUACCUCCUUCCACCAGUGAAUCGUGUGAAUUUGAUGACCCAAGACUGCUGCAAAAUAUUGAAAAUGACCAUCCCACAGCUGUGCACAUACAGGAGUUCCUCACUCUGCUAGCUGUGUGUCACACUGUUGUUCCUGAGAGAGAAGGAAAUAACAUCAUCUACCAGGCCUCCUCUCCAGAUGAAGGGGCAUUAGUGAAAGGAGCAAAAAAACUUGGUUAUGUCUUCACAGCCCGGACUCCGCAUUCAGUUAUCAUCGAUGCGCUGGGAAAAGAAGAAACGUUUGAAAUUCUUAACGUGCUGGAGUUUUCCAGCAGCAGGAAGAGAAUGUCAGUGAUUGUUCGAACUCCAUCAGGACAGCUGCGGCUCUACUGCAAAGGGGCUGAUAAUGUAAUUUUUGAGAGGCUUUCAAAAGAUUCGCAAUAUAAGGAUCAAACACUGUGCCAUCUUGAAUACUUCGCAGGAGAAGGUCUGAGGACUUUGUGCAUUGCUUAUGCAGACCUGUCAGAAAAUUCUUAUAGAGAGUGGUUGAAUGUCUACAAUGAAACUAGUACAAGUCUGAAAGACAGAACUCAGAAGCUGGAGGAAUGCUAUGAGAUUAUUGAAAAAGAUUUACUGCUUCUUGGAGCUACAGCCAUUGAAGACCGCCUGCAAGCGGGUGUUCCAGAAACAAUAGCCACACUAAUAAAGGCAGAAAUUAAGAUCUGGAUUCUGACAGGGGACAAACAGGAAACAGCUGUCAAUAUAGGGUACUCCUGCAAACUCAUUUCACAGAAUAUGUCUGUCAUCUCUAUCAACAAAGACUCACUAGAUGGAACGAGAGCCGCUCUGACUGAACAUUGUAACAGUUUGGGGGACUCACUGGGCAAAGAAAAUGAUAUUGCUCUGGUUAUUGAUGGCCAAACCCUGAAGUAUGCCCUUUCCUUUGAAGUCAGGCAGAGCUUUCUGGACUUGGCACUAUCCUGUAAAGCUGUCAUUUGUUGCAGAGUAUCUCCUCUACAGAAGUCUGAAAUAGUAGACAUGGUCAAGAAACACGUCAAAGCCAUAACACUUGCCAUUGGAGAUGGUGCCAACGAUGUUGGAAUGAUCCAGACAGCUCACGUUGGAGUGGGGAUCAGUGGCAAUGAGGGCAUGCAGGCAACCAAUUGCUCAGAUUAUGCUAUUGCACAGUUUUCCUACUUGGAGAAACUGUUGUUGGUCCAUGGAGCUUGGAGUUACAAUCGAGUUACCAAGUGCAUAUUGUAUUGCUUCUACAAGAAUGUGGUUUUGUAUAUCAUUGAGCUUUGGUUUGCUUUCGUUAAUGGAUUUUCUGGGCAGAUCUUAUUUGAGCGAUGGUGCAUUGGUCUCUAUAAUGUGAUUUUCACAGCGCUGCCACCCUUUACUCUGGGAAUUUUUGAACGAUCGUGUACCCAAGAUAGCAUGCUUAGAUUUCCACAGCUAUACAAAAUCACUCAAAAUGCACAGGGGUUCAACACAAGGGUUUUCUGGGGUCACUGCAUCAAUGCCCUGAUCCAUUCCAUCAUUCUUUUCUGGCUUCCACUGAAAGUGCUGGAGCACGAUGCAGUAUUCACAAAUGGCCAGGGAAUUGACUACUUAUUUGUUGGAAACAUAGUUUACACUUAUGUUGUAGUCACUGUUUGUCUGAAAGCUGGCUUAGAAACAACUGCAUGGACUAGAUUCAGUCACCUGGCCGUCUGGGGAAGCAUGCUCCUCUGGUUGGUGUUCUUUGGUGUCUACUCAUCCAUCUGGCCCACGAUUCCCAUCGCACCAGAUAUGCUGGGGCAGGCUGGAAUGGUGUUAAGAUGUGGAUACUUCUGGUUUGGCUUGUUUCUUGUGCCCACUGCGUGCCUUGUUAAAGACGUGGCAUGGACAGCGGCCAGACAUACUUACAAUAAAACUUUGCUGGAGCAAGUUCAGGAGUUGGAGACGAAGACAAGAGAGCUGGGAAAAGCCAUGCUUCGUGAUAGUAAUGGAAAAAGCGUGAACGAACGUGACCAUUUGUUAAAAAGGCUCGGGAGGAAAACCCCACCGAGCCUUUUCCGUGCUCAUUCUGCCCAGCAAAGCGUAUCACAUGGGUAUGCUUUUUCACAAGAAGAACACGGUGUUGUUUCCCAGUCGCAAGUUGUUCGAUCCUACGAUACAACCAAAAGGAGAGCGGAAAUGGAAUAAAUGCUUCUUUACUUGAUGGGUGGUUGGAAUAAUGGGAUUUGGAUCAGUGCAUCCACUGUUAACACAUGCUUGACUAAUGUGACUAGGGUUGGCGGCAGCAGCAGCCAAAACACCAGAGAACUCAUUUCUGUGGCCUUAGCCAACAAGUUUCUGUAUUCUCCCUGCAAACCUUGAGUACAUAUUGUGGGGGGAAAUCAUUGUUUGGAUUCAGUCGCAAAGCUCUGCCUGAAGUUUUGUUUAU